AGGCGGUGCGUUGCCACGGAGACGGAACAGGGCUACUAAGACGCACGCGCGAGAUAGAGCCUCUAGUCUCGUGUAGAGAUUGAAGAUGGCGGCUUCUCAGGCGGUGGAGGAAAUGCGGAGCCGCGUGGUUCUAGGGGAGUUUGGGGUUCGCAAUGUCCAUACCACUGACUUUCCCGGUAACUAUUCCGGUUAUGAUGAUGCCUGGGACCAGGAGCGCUUCGAGAAGAAUUUCCGUGUGGAUGUAGUACACAUGGAUGAAAACUCACUGGAGUUUGACAUGGUGGGAAUUGACGCAGCCAUUGCCAAUGCUUUUCGACGAAUUCUGUUAGCUGAGGUGCCAACUAUGGCUGUGGAGAAGGUCCUGGUGUACAAUAAUACAUCCAUUGUUCAGGAUGAGAUCCUUGCUCACCGUCUGGGGCUCAUUCCCAUUCAUGCUGAUCCCCGUCUCUUUGAGUAUCGGAACCAAGGAGAUGAAGAAGGCACAGAGAUAGAUACUCUACAGUUUCGUCUCCAAGUCAGAUGCACUCGGAACCCCCAUGCUGCUAAAGAUUCCUCUGACCCCAACGAACUGUACGUGAACCACAAAGUGUAUACCAGGCAUAUGACAUGGAUCCCCCUGGGGAACCAGGCUGAUCUCUUUCCAGAGGGCACUAUCCGACCAGUGCACGAUGAUAUCCUCAUUGCUCAGCUGCGGCCUGGCCAAGAAAUUGACCUGCUCAUGCACUGUGUCAAGGGCAUUGGCAAAGAUCAUGCCAAGUUUUCACCAGUGGCAACAGCCAGUUACAGGCUCCUGCCAGACAUCACCCUGCUUGAGCCCGUGGAAGGGGAGGCAGCUGAGGAGUUGAGCAGGUGCUUCUCACCUGGUGUUAUUGAGGUGCAGGAAGUCCAAGGUAAAAAGGUGGCCAGAGUUGCCAACCCUCGGCUGGAUACCUUCAGCAGAGAAAUCUUCCGGAAUGAGAAGCUAAAGAAGGUUGUGAGGCUUGCCCGGGUUCGAGAUCAUUAUAUCUAGUGUUCCUAAAGAGUGAGGCACUAGCAUGGUACCUGAUCCACUAUAAAUGGAGUCUCACUCUGUUGCUCAGGCUGGAGUGCAGUGGCACGAUCUCGGCUCACUGCAACCUCUACCUCUGGGGUUCAAGCGAUUCUCCUGCCUCAGCCUCCCGAGUAGCCGGGAUAACAGGCAUGCACCACCACGCCUGGCUAAUUUUUGUAUUUUUAGUAGAGACAGGGUUUCACCACAUCGGCCAGGCUAGUCUCAAACUCCUGACCUCAGGUGAUCUGCCCACCUCAUCCUCCCAAAAUGCUGGGAUUACAGGCAUGAGCCACUGCACCUGGCCCCCUCAAUGGUUUAUCUCCGCAACUAUCCUCUCUAACCAUUUAAACCACCACAAAAAGAUAUAACAUCAAUUGCAAAUGUCUGUUCCAAUGUCCUGUCUUCCAACUUAUAA